CUUUCCUCCAUGACAGAAAAAAACUGCAAUAUAAACACUCUGUAAACGGUGUGCUAGACGGCCAUUUCGUCUUUCGUCUGUGGUAAAAACUACGUGCAGCCGAAGAUAUCCCACUUCGCGGUGCAAACAGAGCAAACAUCCACACCCGGAAUAUUUUUAGUGCUCAAACACUGAGAAAUUGAAUAAAUUAAAUUCUACGAUUGAACAAGUCGGAUAUCAGAUCUCAUUAUGGUAGGCCAUCCUAGGCUACUCCUCUGGGAACUGGGCUUGUGAGCUAACAUAUAAUGCGUCUACAGGCUCCUGUCCGUUCCAGUUCCAAGGUCAAAAAGGCCGUUAAGACCAAGUCGCAUCCAGCAGUCGCAAAGGCCAAACCGACGAGUAGCUUGAACGACAGCCUAGCCUCCGAGUUCCCCAGCUCUAAAAAGGACAAACGGCUGAUAAAACACUCGUCGUUCAUCUCGAAGAUCGAAAAGUCUCGCAAGAAGCCACUGAAGCGACGACGGCCGUCGAAGAAACUGAUCGCCAACCUAGACUCUCUUGCCAAUGCACUCCCCGACGCCGGAGAUGGUGACGAAGCUGUGUCGACGCACACUAUCGAUGGAAACACUCAGGUUAACGUGAUUAGGCACAAAAGUUUGAAGCAUCGGCCCGGCGCCAUGAAGAGGAAAGAGAAGCUUGAUCGGAUGGAGCGUGAUCGGUUUGCGAAGAACAUGGGACAGCUGGCUGUCGGAAUCAAGACCAUUGACACGGAUACGGCUAUGGAUACUCAGCCGUCAGUCGAGAGUGGCGUUGAUGCCUCUGCUGCUGCGGGAGGAGACUCGAGCUCUACAUCUGCUCGCUGGGCUGCUCUGCGAAGCUUCAUAUCCCAAACCAUGGACCAGAACCCGGAAUUCAAGGGCGUCCAAUCGUGAAAUUUGGAUCAAGCUGUAGAAUGGGACGGGAAGAGAGUUAAAAAGAAGAAGAGUUCUAUCUGGUCAGGCGGCAUCACAUCCACCUAUGUUUGUCUUGCAGAAGACGGCCACGGAUUUAGCCGAGAUAGAAGACAAGACAACUGAAAGGGCUGAGAGAGACGCUGCCAUGCAAGCAACGCCACGAGAGCUUGGAGGUCGAGUAUCCGAGGCAUCGGGCUCUGCCAGGGACAAGCGCACAAGGCAGAGACAAGGAAGGCAAGCCGACCGAAGGUCGAAACUGUCGAUGCUGAGCAGAGUCAAGACGGUGAAAUGUUGAUAUUUCUUUGAUUUUGAAUGCCUAGCCGGCCGCCUCGUCCCCAUCAGUCAAGUCAAUCAAUACACAGUCAACAGUGAGCUAUCGCUGCAUCAGAGGCCUCUAGGCUCCCUCAGUGCCACAGAGGGCGUUGAAUAAGGAAACAAGUAGCAACUCCAGUUCAUAAUUAGACAAUAGAAUGUAGAGCAUCUUUGCGUCUCAGGAUCUGCCAGCAGCAGAAAAUAGGUCCUGGCAUCAGAUAACAGUUGUAGAUGGGCCUCCUGGCAGGUACCCUGUAGGUGGUGAUUCAAC